AUAUAUAUAAAAGAGUUUAGCUCUCAAUAUCGCAAAAUCCAUUUAAUUGAUUCAGUUUCUUCUCAGUAUCCAGUAAUACAUUCUUUCGUAUCGUAAUGAGAACCGUCGCUGCAAUACUUAUAACUUUUCUCGUACGAUGCGUGUAUUUACAUCCUAUGUAUGAAUCGGGUGUUAGUGAAGAUAUAGGAGAAUUUUUUAACUCGUCCUGUAUCUUUGGCCCUAAAUCCAUGUCGAUGAUUUUAUUCAACAGUAAUAAUCCUGAGGGCAAAGAUAUCGGGGAAAAAGAAAGCUGUAAGUAUAUUGAUCCUUCGAGACCGAUUGUCUUUUUGGUCCAUGGUUUUACCAGCUCUGGAAAUAAUACUAAUAAUUAUGAUUUGGCUUUGCAGUUGGUAGAGAAAGACUAUACAGUAUUUUCAUUGGAUUGGUCUGCUGCAGCAUGCACAGAUGGAAUACCCAUAAUAAAACUGCUGGAAUAUCCUGCAGCAGUAAAAAACACUCGUGAAAUAGGAGAGCUUAUGGCGAAAUACGUUAUAACACUGAUAACGGAUUGCAAAAUUCCACUGGAUAACAUAACGUUUGUCGGUCACAGUCUCGGGGCGCAUGUAUGUGGCUUCGCUGCAAAAAACAUUCAUAAUUUGGGUUACGGCAAAAUGCCGCUUAUCAUCGGCGCCGAUCCUGCGGCGCCGCUGUUUGGGUGGAAUAAGUGCGAGAAUAGGCUCUGCAAGACGGAUGCCAUACAUGUAAUAAUUGUUCACACAUCGCUUCUCGGAAUGCAGUCCAACAUGGGUGACGUCGAUUUGCGGUUUAAUGGUGGAAAGGAACAACCAAACUGUGCGCCUUUGGAUCUUUCAUGUUCACAUACCAGAUCCAUGGUCUAUCUGUUCGAUAUAUUCAAUAAUUGUGUAUAUCCUGCUGAUAAAAUAAAGUCAUCAUUUUUGGGAAACCUCGGAAGUACACCAUAUCCUGAUCCUAGUACAACUAACUGCGUUGUCGUAAAUGACGAGAUUUUCAAUAUCAAGCAAAACGACACACUCAGGGACGGAGAUUACUACGUAUUCGUCCAGAAGGAUUCUCCGUAUUGCACACAAAAAUCUUUUAGUUGCAAGUCACUGAUUGAAUAGCAGCCAAUAACUGACUUUAAAACUUUUAUUUUAUUGUAUUAGAAAUAAAGUUUCAUAAAUGGUACUGUUUUAAAUAAGCAAUUAAAUCGCACGAUAGCACAGC